AUGUCCGAUAAUAUCAGUUCUAAACGAAAACGAUCGAGCACGACUGGUCGUUCCAAAUACGGCUGCUUGACUUGCCGUGCAAAAAAAGUCAAAUGUGAUGAGCGUCUUCCUUCAUGCGGAAGAUGUGAGCGUUUGAAGCUUGACUGCCAGCAGCCGUGCUCCCGUACUCUACCAAGUGUAAGAGAACGAAGACGAGGUGCUGGCCCAAUAAAGUCUCGAGAUUCUGACUGGUCUCCUCAGCCACUUUCACCAGCUUUACAAGUAUCAGAGGAACAACCACAAGGAUCAGAAGCACUGUUAAAUCAUUAUCUUUCGGGAUAUGACCAUGGAUUGGCAGCAGCAUCAGCAUCUUCAUUUUCAGUGGGACAUCCUGAAGGCGUAUCUCAAAACCAGGCGCCAGUAAUUGAGACAGGGGCAGAUAUGUUGUUGGACUCGGUUGCCGAAUGGUUACUUCCAGACCCUCAGAGCUUGAAUGUGUAUACUCGCACAAAUUACAGCCCUCUAUCUUUUGAACCGCUUGCUAUUGCGAAUAUACCGACACAAGAGAGGUCGCUGGAAAAUGGGAUGUCCUUGAAUAACGACGAGGAGUUGGCUCUUACACACUACCGAACAGCAUUCUCACUAUCUCAAACGACCAGAGAUCCGCAAUGGUCUACUCCUACCUUAUUGUUAAUUCAUGCACUGAAGCACUCGGAGAUGCUUCUUCAUCUCAUAUUAGCUGUUUCACUCCACGAUAUGCCUUCCAACCCUGACAGUGUUAGCCGUCUUCGCCAGAUUGGGCACAAACAUUACGAGAAAGGCACGGAGCAACUCAUGCAAGCUUUGCAGUGUGAGAAUCCCGCAGAUCAUCUCGCAAUACUGGCUGCUUUUUACUGUAUACAUAUGUAUAUGUCGCGAUCGAAUGGUACAAUUAUAUCAAAAUUAGACCGACUGAGUCUUACGGCAAUAGAACAUCUGACAAAGCAUAAUUUGAUAGUACCAACAAAUGCUCAAUCAUCUUUAGCCAACCAAAGCUCGACUAAAAAUGGUGCAGAGCGAAGUCUGAUCGCUCGUAUUAUUAUGUGGUUGCUAAAAAUGGAUGCUCAAGGGAGCUUUUUGGGGUGCAAGCCUAACUUGGCAAACCAUUUUCAAGCACAUCCUGAUCAACUUUUAGCAGUACAGGCGGAAUCUCGUCUUGCUCUACAACUGAACUGGGGAGCAGAAUAUCCAAUAUCACAAAGCAUUCGAGAUAUUGAGAGUUGUUUACCAGUCGAUAUGAUGUCUGAUAUGCUGAUCCUAUGUUGCAAAAUUAGCGAAUUCGGUCAUAAACCUCCGUGUACUGAGGUAGAUUUAAUGCAAGAAAGUCUGCAAAAAGAGUUCGCAGCGUUAGAAAUACGUUAUGGUGCUGUGUUUUACUAUGGAUCUUCAGAUAUGACCUUGCAACCAGCCAUGAAGCUCAAUUGUGCAAACUCAGCUACCAUGUUCUACGCUUUGCAGAUAUAUUUCGCCCGAUGUAGGUCAAGUCCGUUCGGAGCAGAAAGUUCGACUGAGAUCAAAACCGCUCUGAGCCAACUCCUUCGAUUCGCCAUGUACGUUUGUCCUGCGGGAUCGCAACAACCGGUAUACGAAUUUCAAUGGUCGUUGUUCAUUGCAGCCAUUGAGACAGAUGACAUGAUUCAUCAAGAAUGGUUACAGGGUCGAAUCACUGAUCAUCGCCUUCGCAAAUCACUGCAAGGGAUUUCUACAUUCAAGCGGAACAAUCUGGGAAUCAUAUCUUUGAGUAAAGUAAAAGAAAUUAUCCUAGCUAUAUAACCUUAUUGAUCAAACGUAUUUAAAUUUUAGAUAUUGA